CCCGCCCCCGGAAAAGGGAAAAAACGAAAGAGGAUGAUCGGAAGCAUCUAGCACUAUCUUAUCUCCUUGCUCGAUGCCGCCGAUGGCCACGGCAAAAGUCAUCCUCUUUCCAUUUUGCGCGCGUUUCCCAAAAUCUUCGCACGGGCGAAUUCGAAGAGAAAAAAAAAAGCCCAAAACCAGACCGUCCUUCUCCUACGCCUUUGCCUUUGCCUGUCAUCGCCGCUUUAAACAGUGACGUCGGACCCCGAUAGCGCCAGCUGGCACGCCAAUCAAGGGGUGGCCUGAGCACAUUGCUAAAAGGGCAAUUAGUCACAGACACGACAUGUCCACCACCACCAACAACAACGACACCAUGGCGUCUGCCGCCAAGGACGAAGAUGUGCAAUCGGCGCCGACAAAGAUCGCCGUCAUGACGUCGGGCGGCGACUCGGCAGGCAUGAACGCGGCAGUGAGAUCCGUCGUCAAGAUGGCCAUCUUUCGCAAGUGCCACGCCUACGUCAUUCGAGAGGGCUGGGAGGGGCUCGUACGCGGCAAUGAUGGCUUUGCAGAUGAGGACGACGAUGACGAGGUCCGCGGCCUGAUGCAGGAGGGCGACACACGCAAGAGCAGACCAGCCUCGCCGAGGGCCGGAGCGAGAAAUGGAGCACAGCAAGUGCCUACGAUUCGCGACUCGAGCAAGAUGGUCGAUGGCGGCGAGUUUGUGCCCACGUACGGAGAAGGCGAGAUUCUGAGAGAGGGUGUCGGUGAAGCCGAGGAGCUCGGACUAAAGGGCAGAUACAUUAUCCGUGUCGGCUGGGACGACGUUCGAGGAUGGAUGGACCAAGGAGGCACGCUCAUCGGGACAGCCAGAUGUGCCGCUUUCAGGGAGAGGGCCGGUCGACUGAGAGCUGCAAGGAACCUUAUUGCCUGUGGCAUCGACGCGCUGGCCGUAUGCGGCGGUGAUGGAAGCCUGACGGGCGCGGACAGACUGCGAGGAGAAUGGUCCAGUCUCGUCGAGGAGCUUCUCUCCAAGGGCAAGAUCACAGACACACAAGCCAAGCGAUACGCACAUCUUAAAAUCGUUGGCCUCGUCGGCUCCAUCGACAACGACAUGGCCACAACGGACAUGACCAUCGGUGCAUCGACGGCACUGGCCCGUAUCUGCGAAGCUGUCGACAGCAUCUCAUCGACGGCUGCCUCCCACUCGCGCGCCUUUGUCGUGGAAGUCAUGGGUCGACACUGCGGCUGGCUUGCCCUCAUGGCCGGUGUCGCGACGGGGGCCGACUACAUCUUUGUUCCGGAACGACCGCCUGGGACUGAUGACUGGGAAGAGGAGAUGUGCCAAGUGCUGCAGAAGCAUCGCGAGGCUGGAAAGCGGAAGACGAUCGUCAUUGUGUCUGAGGGCGCCAUCGACCGCAAUCUGAAGCCGAUCAAGCCCGACGACAUCAAGCAGUGCCUCUCUGAUCGGCUGGGCCUCGACACGAGGGUCACAACGCUUGGUCACACCCAACGAGGAGGCAAGCCCGUUGCGCAAGACCGCGUCUUGGCCACACUCCAAGGCGUCGAAGCUGUCGAAGCGCUCCUCGAGGCCAAUCCUGACACUCCAUCAUACGUCAUUGGUAUUCGCGAAAACAAGAUCACGAGGAUCCCCCUUAUGCAUGCCGUGGAGCAGACGCAGCAGGUUGCAAAGUGUAUCGGCGAGAAGGACUUCAAGGGCGCACUCGAUCUGCGAGACCCAGAAUUCGCCGAAGGCCUCAAGGCAUUCGACAUCAUCUCGCGGAUUGACGACGACGACAAGCUACCGGAAGCGAAGCGCAUCAAGAUGGGUAUCAUUCAUGUCGGCGCGCCUGCUGGAGGUAUGAAUGCGGCUACAAGGACGGCAAUCCGGUUCUGUCUCUCGCGUGGCCACGAGCCCGUCGUCAUCAACAAUGGCUUUUCCGGCCUCUUGGAAGACAACAUUGAUGUCUUCGAUUGGUUGCGAGUCGACAAUUGGGCCGUAAGGGGAGGCUCUGAGCUCGGUACCAACCGAGUGCUUCCUGACGCAGACUUGGGCGGUGUCGCCUCGGCUCUGCAAAAGCACAAUAUCCAAGCGCUCCUGAUGAUUGGCGGCUUCGAGGCUUUCAUGGCUGUCAAGAUCAUGGACGAGAAGCGGGAGUCUUACCCUUCGUUCCGAAUCCCCAUCGUUGCCAUUCCUGCCACGAUUUCCAACAACGUGCCCGUCUCAGAGUUCUCGUUGGGGUCGGACACCAGUCUCAAUGCUCUUGUCGACGCAUGCGACGCUAUCAAGCAGAGCGCCAGCGCGAGCCGCAAUCGUGUAUUUGUCGUCGAGACGCAGGGAGGCAAGUGUGGCUACAUUGCCGUCAUGGGCGCUCUCGCCGCAGGUGCCGUCCUCGUCUACACGCCCGAAGUCGGCAUUGGGCUGCAGCAGCUGGGAAGCGAUGUCGCCUUCCUCAAGAAGCGCUUCAUGCUCGAUGUGAGGGGCAAGAGCGAGGGCCGACUCGUCAUCCGAAACGAGAAGUCGUCCGAUGUGUACACGACUGAAGUCAUCACCAAGAUUCUCAAGGAGGAGGGCAACAAGCUGUUUGACUCUCGUUCGGCUUCGCUUGGGCACACGCUCCAGGGUGGCGUGCCCUCGCCGCUCGACCGUGCUCGCGCCACGCGUCUUGCGCUGCGAUGCUGCGAGUUCCUCGAGGCCCAAGCAGGAAAGGGCAAGGCCAAGUGCACAGGGCCAGACACGGCCGUGGUGAUCACGAUUCGAGGCUCGCAGGUCGAAUUCACAAGCGCAAAGGAGAUGGCAGAGCAGGCCGACAUGAAGAACAGGAGGGCCAAGACGGCCUGGUGGCAUGAGCUCAAGGAUCUCGUCGAGCUCAUGGGCGGGCGGACAGGGCUGGCGGAUUCCGAGGGCAGGCUCUGAGCUGUGACUUGAAUGGGAAACACGUGUUACGUAUAGAAGAGAGAAUGCUAUCUCGAGACACUUUGUUAAAGGCUCUGUGAAGGCAGAUACGCUUGGUCUGCCUAGUCCAAAGGGGUCAUUGUGCGAGCAGCAAACGGCGGUAAAGACCAAUGCAACAAAGCAUGUCCCUGUACGGUCCUCAGAUUCUCUCUGCCGUAGUGACUGUGAGCGAGCAAUAUUUACGUUGUGAUUUCCUAAAAAUACAG